UAUUAUUGUUUGAGCUGUAGUUUUCUUGUAUUCUCAGGGUUGUUGUAUAAACUUAUUAUUUUUCUCUUUGUGGUACCAAUUACCAACAUGAGAAACCCACUAGACCUCAACCAUUUACCAGAUGAUUUUACCAGAGAUCAUAGCAAACAACCACUUGAUGAUUCCUCUUCUGCUGCAUCUGGGAUCUACAGAAAAAAGAAAAACAGCACAAAAGAUGAAAGAGGGAAGGUUUACGAGUGUCGGUUUUGCUCCCUCAAGUUCCGCAAGUCUCAAGCUCUUGGUGGACACAUGAACCGCCAUCGCCAAGAGAGGGAAACAGAAACCCUAAACCAAGCUCGUGAACUGGUUUUCAGUACCGAUAAUAUGAUAACCCCGCCACCUCACCAACUAGGUGGGCAACCAGCCGUGCAUGGAGGCUAUCAUUAUGCGGCAGGCUUUAACAUGGGUGGUACUGUUUAUCCUACAAGACUAUUUUCCGGCAGUUCCGCCACCAUCUUGCCUCCUCCACCACCAUCCCCACCGCCGCCACAACCACAUCAACAUCUAUACGCUUCCCUGCCAUCUCGCCUCACUAAUCCUUAUUUGUCACAAUAUUCUAACUCACAAUUCAUAAACGACUACUUUGUGGACCGAUAUGUCUAGCAAUCCACAUUUCAGCCUCCAGAACUUAGUUGUGUGCGCUACGGUAUCAACACCUGAUCAUUUUUCUUAACUAGAGCAUGGCACUAUGGAGGAUCAAUCAAUGUUAGUAUGUUAUCAUGAUUUUUUGUCUUUAAAUUGUCUUGUUUUUUUUCUAUGUUAUGAUUUUGCUCCUUUUAACUAGUGUUUGGUUAUAUGAGUAACUAGAUGUAUUGCAAGCAG